AUGGCGUCAUUCAAAGCUCAAUCGCCCGUUGACCGGAACGUCGGCCAGGGUCAUUGGUGUUUCUGCAUCUCGGGCCAAGUGUAUCAUUACACGGAACCGGUUCCGGUUCGGAUGGCCCCUUUACACAAGCUGAAUCAGCUCUAUUUCAUAGACACUGAGGAGGCUUGCCAAGAAAGAAACGCCCUUAUUGGAGAUCGCGUAAGGGAAGCCACGAUCCGAACAAUUGAGACCAUGUUGAGACGUGUCAAUCAACUCUGCAGAGCCUAUCAGUUCAUCUCUGAGGUUUUGACAGACGUACCGGACGAGGUCAGAGUUCAUGAUGUGCACGUCAUCUUCAAGGAACGCAUUGGUAACGAUCUGAGACGGUUCAAUUUGCCUGCCUGCAGAAGUGAUAUCGCUGCAGUUUACACAGGUGAAGAGCCGCCCAGAGAUGUAGAUUUGGUUGUCUACCCGCAGGGGAGUGACCGCAGAAAUCAGAUCAAGAAUCUGAACAGCCUUGCCGAUCCAAUGGUGUACCCUCUCCUAUUUCCCAACGGGGAAUACGGAUACAGAACGGGUGUACCACACAGACAGACAAACAGAACAGUGACUUUGAGACAAUUUUACUCGUGGCGACUGGCCGUCAGGAAUGGCUUCUCCAUCCUGCACAACGGAGGAAAGUUGUUUCAACAGUACAUUGUUGACGCAUGGUGCAAAGUCGAGGCAAAUCAACUUUGGUUCAUUCGGCAGAACCAGCGAUCACUGAGAGUGGAAAAUUAUCGUGGUCUUCGCAGGUACCUGGAAGAAAGAGCGCGUGCGUUGGGAGCUCGCGUUGGAAAAUUGGUAGUGCUCCCAGCCAUGACUGUAGGAUCGCCGCGUUAUAUGCAGGCCAGGUACCGCGAGGCCAUGGCGAUUGUGGCACGUUACGGGAAACCAGAUCUCUUCAUUACUUUCACAACAAAUCCUAAUUGGCCCGAAAUUCAAGAGAAUCUGGAACAUCACCAACGCUUUGAACACCGACCUGACUUGGUCUGUCGCGUGUUCAAAUCAAAAUUCACACAAUUCCUCGACGACUUGAACAAAAGACAGGUGCUGGGUGUUACACAAACGUACACCUACGUAAUCGAAUUUCAAAAAAGGGGGCUUCCACAUGCCCACGUUUUGAUCACAAUGAGACCAGAAGACAAAAUCACGAUCGACAAUGUAGAUGACAUUGUCUGUGCCGAGUUCCCCGACCGUGACAUGGACCCAUCACUGUACGACAUCAUAGCUGAACACUAUGUUCACAGACCCUGUGGAGCCAACAAUCCCGUCGCCCCCUGUAUGCGAGACGGUAAGUGCUCCAAAGGCUAUCCGAUGUCGUUCAAUGAUGAGACCAUAAUUGAUCACGUCAGGAGACCUGUUUAUCGCAGGCGACGUGACGGCCGAACAGCAGUCGUCGAGGAAACGGUAAUCGACAACCGAAGAAUUGUGCCAUACAACCGGUACUUUGCCAAAAAAUACAUGUGCCACAUCAAUUUCGAAGUCUGCGCCACACUCUCGAGCAUGAAGUACCUCUACAAGUAUGUACACAAGGGCGCAGACUGUAUCACAAUUCAAGCCAGUGACACUGGCGAACAAACACUUGACUGGGACGAAAUUCAAAAUUAUUUGGACUGUCGUUACGUCAGUUCAACGGAAGCCGCGUACCGACUUAUGACAUUUCCUCUCGCAGACAGAUCACAUUCGGUAAUGACUUUGCCGGUUCAUUUGGAGAAUGAACAAGCCAUUCUGUUUGAUGACGACCUCCCUGAUGAGGACGUUGCAGCUGCAGUUGAUAAGCCAACCAAAUUGAUGGCGUGGUUCAUAUUGAACAACACAGACGUGGAAGCCCGGCAAUUCACAUGUGUUGAGAUUCCUGAACACUACACGUGGAACAACAGAGAGGCAGUGUGGGAAAAAAGAAGGCAAAUCUCAAAGAUGAUUGGUCAAUUGAUGGAAGUGACUCCUACUGACGUGGAAUUGUAUCAUCUCAGAAUGUUGUUGCACCACGUGAGAGGUGCAUUGUCUUUUCAAAGUAUAAGAGAUGUCCACGGAACAGUGUUUGCAACAUACUUUGAGGCUUGCAAAGAAAUGGGGCUGACAGAAGACGCAAAUGAGUACAGAAGGUCACUGAGAGAAAUGUCGGAAUGGUGUACUGCAGGCAGACUAAGAAAAAUGUUUGCACUGAUAUGUUGUAUUGCCACAGAGGAGCAAAUCACUGAAAUACCCGAACUGUGGGAAACGUUCAGAGACGCCAUGAUUGAUGAUUAUUUGAGGAGGCGUAUGAACAGAGUACAGGCGAUAAAUGCAUGCCUGAGAUCUAUUGCUGACCACCUGCAUAGAAACGACAAGACCUUGACUGAAUUUGGUUUGCCACUGCCAGACGAGAAUGUUGCCGAUGAGCCAGAAGAACCGGGAGAAUUGAUGGAACAAGAUGUACACGUCAUUGAUGUCAACACACUGAACGUACAACAAAGAAUUGUAUAUGACGAAGUAAUGGACACAAUUCAGAAGGUCGAGAGAGGCGACCAUGUAGAAACGACAAUGUUCUACGUUGAUGGACCAGGAGGUAGUGGAAAAACUUACCUAUACAAUGCGUUGUUGACCAACAUUAUUGCCAUGAACAAGGAUGCAAUUGCAGUUGCUUGGACAGGAAUGGCUUCCACCCUGCUGGAAAACGGCACCACCGUACACAAGGCGUUUAAAUUGCCCUUGAAUUUGACAGAUAGUAUGGUGGCAGGGUGGCCAGUGCAUCACUCAAAGUCUCGACGAAUAAUGAACUCUUCGCUGAUUGUUUGGGACGAGGCACCAAUGUCACCCAAACUGGCUUUAUACGCAAUUGACAAAUUCUUGAGAGACCUGAUGCGGGAGCCAAACAGACCAAUGGGUGGAAAUAUUGUACUGUUGGGCGGUGACUUUCGACAGGUUCUACCCGUCAUUCGACGUGGUCACCGCACCCAAGUGGUACAGUCCAGUAUUAAGUGCAGCUACCUCUGGAAUUGUAUGAGAAAAUUCGAAUUAAGAAUCAACAUGCGACUGGAACAGGAUCAAGUGCAAUUUGGACAAUGGCUCAGUGCUCUGGGAAACGGUACACUGCGAAUUCUUGAGCCCCGCCCCAUGAUAAAUGGCGUCGACGAUUUAAUUGAAGUACCGUCAGAGUGUGUGGUGAAAACAAAAGACGAGCUAAUUGACGCUGUGUUUGGUGAAGAGCUAGACCAAGAUACGUCCAUGACAGCAAUACUAUGUCCUACAAAUGUGUCCGCUAACGAGAUAAACGCUCAUAUAUUGAGAAAAAUUACACUAGAAGAGAGAGAAUAUUUCAGUAGUGACAGAUACACACUUGAUCCGAAUGACAAUUUCGAUCCACCAAUUGAACUUUUGAAUUCAAUUGAAGCUCCCGGUCUACCACCGCACAGACUGACAUUGAAAAAGGGAGCCGUGGUAAUGCUUUUAAGGAAUGUUGAUUUACAAGCAGGCAUGUGCAAUGGAACGAGACUGAAAGUUGUACAACUCCACGACCACACAAUAGACGUCGAGAUUUUGAGUGGAAAGCACAGGGGUGAGCAAUCACUCCUACCGCGUGUAAGAUUCAUCUGCGAGACGGAAAUGCUACCGCGGCCCCUCACUCGGUUGCAAUUCCCAGUCAAACUCGGGUACGCAAUGACAAUCAACAAAAGCCAAGGGCAAACUUUCAAUAAAAUUGGUAUUUGUCUCGACACACCAUGCUUCGCGCACGGUCAAUUGUACGUGGCGUUCUCGAGGGUUAGGAAAUGGGCCGAUGUAUUAGUCUAUGUGCGUGACGGUCCAAAACAGGGGACGUUUGGUUUCAACGAUGGGCGUACUUUUACACGCAACGUCGUGUAUGCGUCCAUUGUAGAUCGAAACGACAACCAUAGUGAAGACAUGCAACAUAGUGGGGAAGAAGAACAUCAAAAUCUAAUCCCACGUCACGCACAAAACUCACCACCAACUACCGGUCCAGUCUGUCCUGUCCAUGAAUCCCACGACAAUGUGCCUGAAAACGUUGAGAUGGCGGGUGAUGAUGACAAUGAACAAUUGGCUCAGGAGUUCAUCCAAAUCAUUGAAGACGAGAACACGUUCAUCACUGUUGUACACAACGACAGUGAGAAUGUUUCUCGUCACGAUCAACCAGGCACUUCCGGCAUUAGCAGGACAUUUUUUCGUCCUAUCGCUGAUGACUCGGACAGUGACUGA